GAGUGCACCGUGUGCCUUAGAAAGUUUACUAGAGCUUACAGCCUGCGUGUUCACAUGCGGACCCACACUGGAGAGAUGCCAUUCGAGUGCACCGUGUGCCUUAGAAAGUUUUCUAGAGCUUACAGCCUGCGUGUUCACAUGCGGACCCACACUGGAGAGAUGCCAUUCGAGUGCACCCAUUGCAACAAGAGGUUCACUCAAGCUAAUAGCCUGUGGAGACAUCUGCGGACCCAUACGGGAGAAAAACCAUUCCAGUGCUCCCAUUGCAGGAAGAGGUUCGCCAAUUCUAAUACCCUGCGGUAUCAUCUGCAAAAACUCACUGGAGAAAAACCAUUCGAGUGCACCCACUGCAGCAAGAGGUUUCCCCAAGCCUGUCGCCUGCGGCAUCAUCUGCGAACUCACACGGGAGAAAAACCGUUCCGGUGUACCGUGUGUCACAGGGCGUUCAGCGAUCCAUCUGCUCAGCGGAGGCAUGUGCGAACCCACCUCUAGAGAUGCACAACACUUUGUGUCACUACAAUAUUAAUACUUCUGAACCCUGUAUUUGUGGAAAGCUUUCGAGUGCACAAUGUUCGCGGUAAUAUAAACACUUCAUGUAACACAAAAGAUUAUCAAACCAAUACUUUGUAACAAAAUCACUUUAAAUAUGAGAAUGACUUUCUAAAUAACUUAUUUUAAACGUGUUAAAGAAUUGUCAUUGGAAAUGUCUAAGUCACUUCAUGUUUCGUUCGUUUUUUGUUUGUUUUUAAAUAUCCUUUUGGAGAUGUAAUUUUGUUUUUUUCCUCUGUGAGAUCUAUUUAAAUUCCGAAUUAUGUCGUAAAAAUUAAAGAGCACCCAUUGCUGA